AUGGCUGCCACGGACGAAGAGCAACAAGACCGUCAUGAUGAUACCCAUUCGCGACCGACGUCCCGCGGGCGGCAGCUCAGUCACGGGCACCACGAGGACGACAUUGAGCGCAUCGAAGACAUAACCAGCACCACCACCACCGAUGACGACGAGGAAGAGGAGGAGGAGGACGCGGCGUCCGUGCUCACCCCCGAGGAGAAGCACCAGGAGUUUGACGGCCACCGCCCGACGCAGCACGAGAUGCGAGCCGCCUCGCUGUCGCGCUCCCGCAGCAGACACAGCCGUUGCCGAAGGGCACCCUCGGCGGCGACAAUCGCCAGUGCCACGGGCGUGGCGCUCAGCAACGGCAGCGCGACACCCGGCGGCGCUGCCUCUGGUUCCGGCGGACAGCCGCUCGCGCGCACCAUCACCCGGCGCGACACGGUCCUCUCGCGCAUCCGCUCGCGCAACGCCGUCCCGCAGUUCACGCACCCGCUCGCCCACGUCGCCACGUCCGAGGCCGAGAUCGUCGACUUCGACGGCAAGGACGACCCGUACCACCCGCUCAACUGGCCGACGCGCAAAAAGGUCACCACGACGCUGCUGUACGGCUUCGUCACCAUGUCGGCGACGUGGGCGUCGUCGGCGUACUCGGCGGGCACGGAGCAGAUCGCGCGCGAGUUCGGCGUCGGCACGCAGGUGGCGACGCUGGGCACGACGCUGUUCCUCUUCGGCUUCGGCGUGGGCCCCCUGCUGUGGGCGCCGCUGAGCGAGGUGUUUGGCCGGCGCGUCGCCGUCAUGGCGCCCAUGUUUGUGGCGAGCUGCUUUAGCUUUGCGAGCGCGACGGCCAAGGACCUGCAGACGCUGAUGCUGACGCGGUUCUUUGGCGCCUUCUUUGCGAGUGCGCCGGUGACGAACACGGGGGGCGUGUUGGGGGAUUUGUUCUCCCCGGCGUGGAGGGGCAUUGCCAUGGCGGGCUAUGCGAUGGCCGUCGUCGGCGGGCCAGCGCUCGGCCCCGUCGUCUCCGCGGCCGUCACGCAGGCCCCGUCCCUCGGCUGGCGCUGGACCGAGUACCUCACGGGCAUCCUGCAGGCCGCCAUCCUGCUCAUCGCCAUCAUCUUCAUCGACGAGAGCUACCCGCCCAAGCUGCUCGUCUACAAGGCGCGCCGGCUGCGCCACGAGAGCGGCAACUGGGCGCUGCACGCGCGCUUCGAGGAGUGGGACGUCAGCGUCGGCGAGCUGGCCCGCAAGUUCCUCGUCCGCCCCGUGCAGCUGCUGCUCACGCCCAUCUGCUUCCUCGUCGCCCUCUACGCCAGCUUCUGCUACGGUAUCCUGUACAUGCAGCUGGGCGCCAUACCCAUCAUCUUUGGCGAGCACCGCGGCUGGGGCCAGCUCGUCGCCACGCUGCCGUUCCUGUGCAUCAUGAUAGGCGCCUCCAUCGGCUGCGGGCUCAACGUCUACAACCAGAUCCUCUACAACAAGGCGUACCACGCCGCAGGUGACCGGGCCGUGCCGGAGAAGCGCCUGCCGCCGAUGAUGCUCGGCUCUGUGCUCUUCAGCGCGAGCCAGUUCCUCGUCGGGUGGACGGCCGACCCGUCCAUCCACUGGAUCGUGCCCUGCAUCGGGCUCGUCAUGCUCGGCGCCGGCUUCUUCACCAUCUUCCAGGCGGCGCUCAACUACCUCGUCGACACGUUCCAAGCGUACGCCGCCUCGGCCGUCGCCGCCAACACGUUUCUGCGGUCCUGCUUCGCGGGCGCGUUUCCCCUCGUCGUGGGCCCGAUGUUCCACAACAUCGGCGUCGGCCCGGGCUCGAGCAUCACGGGCGGCUUUGCGGCGUUGCUUAUACCCGUGCCUUUUGUGUUUUAUGUGUACGGAAAGAGGAUUCGUGCGGGCAGCAAGUGGUCCAAGGCAAGCGUGUUUGAUUAG